UUUCUACCAAGCGCACACCCCUCAAAAAAGCUCAGUGUCUGCUGCUUGGUGGUGGUGGUCUUUCCCUCCUGGACAGGAAGACGAACAGUAGCAGGACUGGACACAAUAACAGGAAGGGGAAGUGGGCAGUGACCUUUUAUUUUUUUGGGGGGGCAAAAGACGUUAAGAGUGAAGUACAAUCUGAGUGGAGGAGAAGGAGGAAGAGAACCUGUUGGUGCUCCCAAAAUAUUCUCCGGUUGCUAUCUGGAAGUGUGUUUAGCACGGCGUCACCACUUCUUUGGGAGGAUUUCGACUUUUGGAAGGUUGGGAAGGAAUCAAUACUACUAAGAACCUAUACGGGAUCAGGAAGGAUUCGGAAGGACCCCCAAAAGAUUCUGCGGUCUCGGACGCUUCAGCACUGAGAGAUCAUGGCUUUGCUCCGGGUCUGGACCGCGGGGCUUAUUCUGGCCGUCGCGGCCUGGUCCGUCUCACCCGGCGUCUCCGAGGACUCGGCUGUGGGCACGGAGAGGCGGCAAGGACUUGCCGAGGAGAUUGCGAGGAAGGAGACCUAUCCUGUUCUAUCACGGAAGAAGCGGGAGUGGAUCUGGAACUCGCUCUACGUGGAAGAGGAGAAACCCGCACCCAUUCCUUACAAGAUCGGACAGCUCAAGUCCAGUCAGAAAGUGGACGUGAAGCGGUUUAAAAUUGAGGGCGAAGGCUCAGAUGGCAUCUUUACCGUGGACCACAAGGGUGACCUGUUUGUCAGCAAGUCUCUGGACCGCGAAGAGAAGAGUGCGUACCACCUGAUCGCCAGGAUGUACGACGGCAACAACAAACUCAUCGAGGACUCGGGAGACUUUGUGGUCCAGGUGACCGACAUCAACGACAACACCCCCGUCUUUCCUAAAACUUACAACGGAUCCAUCUUGGAGAGGUCUACCAUAGGAACCAAAGUGGUCGAGGUCAGGGCGACGGACGCCGACGACCCCACCACCGCUAACGGCGAACUCCGCUACUCUCUGACGCCCGACGGUGACCUGUCUGCCUUUGAAAUUGACAGCAUCACAGGUAUGAUCAGCUGCAAGGUGAGCACUCUGGAUCGCGAGACCAAGAGUCAGUACAUGGUGGUGGUCCGGGCUCAGGACAUGAGAGGAAUGGCGUCCGGCAGCACGGCUACAACCUCCGUCACCAUCAGCGUCGGCGACAUUAACGACAACAUCGCCUCCUUCACCAGAUCCACGUACGAGGUGCAGGUUCCGGAGAACCACAAGCUGAACACAAAGAUCGGCACUUUGGAAGUGAAGGAUGGAGAUCAGAUCCAAAACAAAGAGCCCAUUUUCUCUCUGCCGAGCAACAACAAAAUAUUCUACGUGGAGCUCGGCCCUAGGAAGGACGGCAACCUCAUGCUCAGACAGGCUCUGGACUUUGAGACAAGAAACAGCUACUCAUUCAGUGUGCAGGUGCGGGAAAACCUGCGAAACUUGCGCUUUCCCGCUGACAACGUGGUCACUGCUGUCACCACGGCACAGGUGAUUGUUAAAGUCUUGGAUGUGGACGAGGCGCCGGAAUUUUCCCAGCCGAUGUACACCUUCAAAGUGCCUGAAGAAAGACUGGUCAACAACAUCGGCAUUGUCAGCGCCAGAGAUCCGGACAAAGCUGGCAAGAGUAUCCGGUACUCUAUCUUGGACAAGGAUUGUCCAAUCGCUAUCAAUCCAAUCACGGGGCAGAUGUCCACCCUGAGGACUCUGGACCGCGAGCUGGAGGCCACACACAUGUUCCAAGUUAAAGCCCAAGAGGAGCCAAGCGGUUUGGAGUCUUUCGUCAAAGUCAACAUUGUCGUGGAGGAUGUCAAUGACAACGAGCCCGAACUGGAUGUGGACGAGAUCUUUGUGUGUGAGAAUGACAACGCAAACACAGUGAUCGGAACUUUGAGGGCCACCGAUAAGGACGACCAGCCGGCCUCGUUCACCUUCACUCUGGCUUCUCCCAGCUCCAACUUUUCCAUCAGAGAUUUUGGCAACAACAGUGCGUACGUCCUGGUCAAACAGGGACCGUUCAACCUGGACGACCCCACAGAUUACAGCGUGGACGUGAGCAUCAGCGACGGAGGGCAACCCAUCAAGUCCAGCGUCACCAAACUGGCCAUUAAGGCGUGCCGCUGCGACGCCAGACGCAUCCCAACUCAGUGCAAGGCCGUGGCGCAGAAGAUGGGCGUGAGCGUCCACGUCCUCAUCGCUAUUCUACUCUGCAUACUCACCAUCUUGGUGAUAGUCAUCCUAUUUGUGAUGAAGAAGCGCUACCACAAAGACUCCCUGGCCGGUAUGAAGAAUAGCGGCGAGAUCCACGAGCAGCUCGUCACCUACGACGAGGAAGGCGGAGGCGAGAUGGACACCAACGGCUACGACGUUUCUAUCCUGACAUCAGCAUUCCACGACGGCUCCCUCCUCCGCCACCCUGAUUGCCUCCCCCACCCGUCUCUCUACGCUAUGGUCCAGAAGUCCCAGCCCCACCAUCACCCGCACCAAAUGCAACCCGCCUCCGCUUGCAAAGGCGACAUGGCGGCCAUGAUCCAGGUGAAGAAACACGACGCGGACCACGACCGCGAAGGCUUCCCGUACGACACCCUGCACAUCUACGGAUACGAGGGCCCCGAAUCCAUAGCGGGGAGCCUCAGCUCGUUGGGAAGCUCCUCAAGCGGAGGCUCAGACUCGGACUACGACUUCCUAAGCGACUGGGGCCCCAGGUUCAGGACCCUGGCUGAGCUGUACGGCGUGGAAGAGUCGGAUUACUACCACUAGUUGACCUUUUUACCAUCACGCCACAUGUAUUUCCAGGUGGCAAAAUUUCAGAUCAGUAAACCGACCAUUACAUGCAACUUGACCACAGAGGCGGACUCAGGCAUAGUUAACAUGACCUUGAAGAACUGACUUUGCUGUUGCUCUGAUAAAUGCGACUUUUUCUUUUGCUGGUAAAAUGGAUGCGGUGAAGAGUUAAUGUUAGCUAGCAGGCUAGCCAAUAUGUUUUGCUAAAUUACUAAAAAAAAAAAACCAACCUGAGAUUUUAUACAUUGCUGUGAAAAAAAUGAGUCCCGUAAACCUGUUGAUGGAAGUUUGGUUUGCAGUCUGUCCUUUUAGAGUCUUAAUUACUACGCCCUCAAUUUAUCCUCCUCACCCACUAGUUCCACUUCUAAUUCAUCUUCUGGCAACAUCCAAAAACACAAGUUUUUGCUAUAGUUUUAGUUCACGUCAGAGGUUUUCUGCCACCCGGAAGUAGCAUGGCGUCUACUGUUUACAAACAUUAGGAACAGGUCUUCGGUCUACAGCAACAGCCGUAGAAACGGCGAGACAACAAGACACUUGAGCGGGAACUGACAACUUUGACAGCGUCACUUUUGUUUUAGGACCUAGAGCUUGGAGAGACUUCACAAGCUUCAUUCUUCUCAUCCAAUCAGAUUGAAGGAUGUCCCAUGAGUGGGAGUGGCCGCAUCAACACAAAAAUUGCCAUUUCCGCAAGAUAGUCAUAAAAAGUACUUUUUGCUGAGAUGAAGAUCCUCAGCUCACUUCAACAUAGUUCAUUGGGAUCAAGAUGCCAAAAUGGACAAUGAAGGAUAAAUAGGUUCUCGCCGUCCCCCAAAAAGUGAAAAUAGGUGAAUUUGCUCAACUUUGACAUUCCAAGUAACUUCUACGUAACUAUAAAUGCAAAAUGAAGAAUUUGACCUGGUGUUGAUUAAGCAAUUCUGCCAAAAUACAUGAGCAAAACAAAGAUUUUUAGGAUUUAAGUUUUAGCAUAAAUAAAAGUCAAACUUAUUUGUUUGUUUUUUUUUUGCUCUCAGUAAAAUUUCGCUAGUUUUCUUCAAGUCAUUUGGUCAAUUUUGAAACUGCAAGCGGAGAGAAAAAUUUGUUGAAAUCCAGUGAAGGGAAAUAGUCCAGCACAAUUACUGACACGGCUUUCCCGUGUUUUUUUUGGGGGUUUUUUUGACACUAGCCAUCAUCGCGCUCAUUGUUUGGCGAGGAAAGCUCAACUCUCAAAGGCCUCCUUGCCGCGCACAACUCAGGAAGCGCACAGCAGCUCGGAGGUGCUUCAACUACUUUAACCUCUCAUCCCUUCUGGCUACUGGCAGCUGGUACAUCCAUGGAAAAUAAAUAGACAACAGCUGAACGGGGUGGGAACAAAAGGCCGAAAAGUGUGAAUUGGGAAAGUUUGAGGUUAUAGAUUAAGAUGAGUAAAUCCAAUUUGUCCAAGUUUAACUGUAGUAAAAAGACACCAGGUCAAACGGUUCACUCAUUCUAGCCAAUCAUAAACAAAAGAAAGUCAUUUAUUUCUAGAAAAGGCUCAAUAGUGACUUUAUAGUAGGGCAACAUUUUUGGAAGAUCCUAUGUUUGCCAAAGCAAAACGAGGCGUUAUAACCCUUAAUUAUGAAAUCGUCUUUGACCUAUACGAAACUUGAAGAAAGUCAAUUCUGGAAAACAAAUGAGUGGAGGAGUGCAUUUUUAAAGGAAUAACGAGCACUAUGAUGCCAAGCUGCCAUGCAAAUAGGAAACUUGAAGAAAGUCAUUUCUGGAAAACGCACUUAUAGUCCAGUGCGACUUAUAUGUUUUUUUGUUGUUUUUUUUUACUGUCGCGGCAUACUCUGGAGCUUAUAGUCAGAAAAAUAUGAUAUGUGAAAAGUAGUUGUCUUUAAGCCUUGAUGCAGGUCUACGCUCAAAUGUGAAGAAUGCAUUUUUGUUUAUUGCUGUUCUUGCUUGGAAGGCCGCCGUCACAAUAGCCGGAAGUCACUUUUGUGUUUCCCGUCGGCAUUCACGUGUGAACUUGGUCUUCCCCUGCAACCUCCCUCUAAUCAGAGCUAAGCUAAACAGCGCUAAGCUAAAUUUCCUGUCCAUCUGGGGGAGGGUUCGAGGGAGGCGUUAUCUGCCCGGCGGUCCAACACAUUGUCCCAACUUCCUGUUCAGUGGGCUUGAUAAACUAUCUUGGAGAGGAAAGCUGAGGGGUUGAAGGUUAAGGAACAAGACAAGAACAAAGAGGCCAUUUAAAAAGCUCUCAAUCGCAACCGCACAAUAAUAAACUUCCAGCAUCACAAUAUUUAUCAUUUCAUAGUUAUACUUCUAGUUAGACACAAUACACCAAUUGUACGGAAUUUUCCGCUUCUCUAUCAUUCACUAUCAAGAAACUAAACUGACAAUGAAAAUGAAUCCCUUAUUUCUUCAACUAAUGGCCAUCUCUGUAAUAAAUAGCAAUUACUACAUAUAUUUUGGCACCAUCUUGUGGCCUUCCGGUGCUGAUGAGCACUAACGCGUUCGACCAAACAAUAGAAUUAAUAUGAAGAGCUAAAAAUAGGAAAUGGAAAUUAGCAUGGAAUGAAUGUCCACUCGUAUAAUGCUAACAUAUAUCAUGCCAAAUGCCAUAGACGGGAAAUGGAAAAUAGCAUAGAUGGCAAUUCUAAAUUUUGAAACAACUACGACUUGACAUGGAGAAGCAACAAAUACGACAAAAAUGUGUGUGUUAAACACAUUACAGGCGAACUGGAGACAAUUUGGCCACUGACUAGAGAGUAAUGCAUUCAUUUUUUUCUUUUGUCCACAUCUCCCUUUAGGAAAUUUAUUUUUGUCAAUGUUGAGUUUGCCGGACAAUCUAAACUUUUGGUGCUCUCUCUCACUGAGAAAAUGAUUUUUUUUUGCCUAUUUUAGCACAGAAUAAGUGUAGACAGCCAAAUUGGCCUGCCAUUUUCUCUCGCCAGCACAGAACAAAAUGUGCAAAGAAAAAAAAAAAGUCAACCUGAAAGAGCAAAUAAGUACUACAUAUAAUGAAAUGUUUUUUCCCUUCACGUGUUAUUGACCAUUAAAUUGGUCUUUUGUCACGUUGUCGAGGCAACAGCUGAAAGCAGCAAAACUAUGAACACUGAAAUUAUUUGUAAGCUUUUAUUUUAUCGAUAUUUUUUUGCUUUAAGGUAAAAAAAAAUCAAGCGUCAUUGUGAUGGCUAAAAAAAAUGUAUAUGUUUCGAUGAAUUAAGUCAUUGUCUUAGGUUGGGACACAGAAAUGGACUUGUGUGUGUGUGCGUGUGUUUUGUGUUCUACUUUUAAAAAUAUCACUUAUUUUCGGUAUUUAUCGCGUUAGUGACACACUUUGACAUGAAAAACAUAGAAAAAAAAUGUGCCUCUCCUUGUGGUCUUCUUAUUUGCUAUUUUUGAAAUACUGUAUUUAGUCGUCAAUGCAAUCACAAUUUUCCAGUAGGGCUGUAAAAAGGGUCACUCAUUGGAAGCAUGGAGACGACGUAGGAUGCGUGCAAACAUGUUCUCGAUAAAUUGAGAUUUCCUUUGAAUUUGUACAAAAGAAAUGCUUAGAUGUUGCCCUUAAUUACGAUUUUAAUUUUUAAUAAUGCCAAUCACAUACGUUAAUUUUUCCAUCCAAAUUAUUUACAAUGAUAACAUUAUUGACAUUUACAAUAAUUUGUUUUUGAAUGUGUUGGUUCCCGUGCAAUUUUGUACAACGUCGCGCUAAAUGCUCAUGAUGAGUUUAAGGUGAUCAUGUGACCUUCACCAAUAUUCGAAAAAAUAUAUAUCCUGUAUAUUCUUUGCUGUGUAAAUAGAGAAUCUGUGUGCCUUCAUUAUUUCAAGAAAAUGAUACUGGAUUUUUGUUUUGUUUUUUUUCUAUGAUAUUGUUUUUAUGAUGUGUGUAAAGUAAACAACUUUUUAUUACCUGACAUUUUUGUAAGUGUAGAAUUAAAAAAUAAAGUUUGGAAAUGUUUGCA